CCAAACCCAGAAUUCUCCCCCUCCAACCAAUCCCCCGCCGGCGGCGGCGAAGAAGAAGGAAGACAACACUUCUCUGCUUCCAAAUUCCGGCAAUGGGCUCGACCUGGAAACUAUUCGUGGGGACAGAGCCUCGAGGAGGUGACGAUCACCGUUCCGGUCCCUGCCGGAACCAAAUCUAGGCAGAUUGUGUGCGAGAUCGAGAAGAAGUCUCUGAAGCUGGGGCUCAAGGGCGAGCCGGCAAUGAUCAUCGACGGCGAGCUGUUCGGACCGGUGAAAGUGAGCGAUUCUUUCUGGCAAUUGGAGGAUCAGAAGACCGUCUCUGCUCUGCUGACGAAAUUCGAGGAGAAGAACAAGAGCUGGUGGAAGUCGCUGGUGAAGGGCGGGCCGGAGAUUUCUCAAGGCAAGUUCAGUGCGGACUCCAUUCCUCCUUCGUGGCCGGCGAAUUGGCAAUCAGAGUUAGAGAGGAAGAAAAACGAAAGGGAGGAAGGCGGCGUGGGAUGGAGGCAGAUGGGUUUGUCUUCGAUUAGGGUUUUAGUCAAAGGUGGGUAG